AUGACGUCACGCGAACGCGAAGUACUUUCACGCUUGCGCACAGACCAUCUUAAUAUGGAAGAGCGCAUUAACUUAGAGAAUCUGUGUCAAAAAUAUGCAGAUAUAUUUUAUAUUGACGGAGAGGCCUUGACUUUUACAAAUAAGAUUAAACACAAGAUUAGGACAUCUGAUGAGAUGCCGGUCUUCACAAAAAGUUAUCGUUACCCUUACAUACACCGCGACGAGGUCAGGGAUCAGAUAGGGAAAAUGCUAAGUCAGGGUAUAAUUAGACCAUCGGAAUCUGCCUGGAGCUCCCCUAUUUGGAUAGUACCAAAAAAACCUGAUGCUUCAGGAAAGACCAAAUGGCGUUUAGUCGUAGACUUUCGGAAAUUAAAUGAAAAAACUAUUGACGACAAAUAUCCGAUUCCCAACAUUAAUGACGUUUUGGAUAAGCUAGGUAAUUGCCAAUAUUUCUCAACCCUCGACCUGGCUAGCGGCUUCUAUCAGGUCGAGAUGGACCCAGAAGACAUACCCAAAACAGCAUUUAACGUAGAAAAUGGGCAUUACGAAUUUUUACGCAUGCCCAUGGGCCUGAAAAAUUCACCAUCUACCUUCCAGCGGGUGAUGGACAAUGUCUUGAAGGGUCUCCAAAACGUCAUCUGUCUGGUCUACCUCGACGACAUAGUAGUUUUUAGUACCUCACUUCAAGAGCACAUGAUCAACCUCGAAAAGGUAUUUUCAAGGCUUAGAGAAUCAAACUUCAAAGUCCAAAUGGACAAGUCCGAAUUUCUCAAACGAGAGACCGCCUAUUUAGGGCAUGUUAUUACCAAAGACGGCAUCAAGCCGAACCCUGACAAGAUUAGGGCUAUUAAGAACUAUCCAAUGCCCAGAACCCCCAAAGAAAUUAAGCAAUUCCUAGGCCUAGUAGGGUAUUAUAGAAAAUUUAUCCCGAACUUCGCGCGCAUCACUAAGCCAUUUACACAAUGCCUAAAGAAAGGAAACAAAGUUGUUAUUAAUUCAGAAUAUACAGAUUGCUUUGAAAAAUGUAAAAACCUUUUAACUAAUGAUCCGAUUUUGCAAUACCCAAACUUUAAUAAGGAGUUCAUCUUAACUACCGAUGCUUCCAACGUAGCUUUAGGCGCUAUAUUAUCACGAGGCCCCGAAGGUGCAGACAAACCGAUUUGUUACGCUUCUCGCACGCUAAACGACAGUGAGUUAAAUUAUAGCACAAUAGAGAAGGAGCUCCUCGCGAUCUGGGUCAUGCAGCUAAAAGAACCUAAUGCGCGUCUAACUAGAUGGAAACUCAAGUUAUCCGAGUAUGAUUUCACUGUUAAGUAUAAAAGUGGUAAAUCGAAUACUAACGCUGAUGCCCUUUCGCGCGUCGAGAUACAUAACGAGGAAACGGAUUCGAUGAUUGCUCUCGCGUCGGAACGACCGCCCUCUGUGGAAAAUUCGUCCACAGCAUCCGCACAUACCAAUGCGUUUUCCAAAUACGCGCAGGCAUACCAUGUUCGCGAUGCCACGGCAAUCAGUAUCGUUCAAGCACUGUUAAAUUUUUGCACUCAUCAUGGGCUACCUCUAACAAUAGUAUCAGACAAUGGCACAGAAUUUACCAAUCAGAUAUUUAAUGACUUUACUAAUUUACACCGGAUUAACCAUCACAGAAUACUACCUCACUCCCCCAACGAUAACGGCUUAGUAGAAAGGUUCCACGCGACGAUUCUGGAACAUAUCAGAAUCCUAAAAUUACGCAAUAAAAGUGAGAAUGCUAUAAACCUUAUGCCAUAUGCAAUUUUAGCUUACAAUAGCUCCGUACACAGCUUUACCAAAUGCAGACCUUUUGAUAUUAUAACUGGGCAUUUCGACCCGCGAGACCCCUUUGACGUAGAUAUGACGAAACACUUAACGCAGCAAUACGUACAGAAUCAUAAGGAUCAGAUGAAGUUAGUUUAUGAAACGCUGGGGGAAAUUAGCCUGGCUGACCGUACCAGCAUCAUAAAUAACCGUAAUAAAGAUCGCGAUCCUGAAAUCGAAUAUCAGCCACAUCAGCGUAUUUUUGUGAAGAACCCUCUUGCGAGUCGUCAAAAGUUGGCCCCUAGGGUGCUACUGGUCCUGACUGCUCCUUCGAUAGCAUCCCACAGGAUGAGUCAAGAGAUAACACUUGAGAGCCUUGACGAUGGCCCCGGACUUCUACCUUUUCGGCUUGGCGCAACAAGGCUCAUUACGCACUAUCAUACUUUUAUACAAUUCGUAGAAUUAGAUGAUAUUAAUGAUAAAAUCUCGCAGCUACAGAAUCAACUAAUAUAUUUUAGACAAACUCUAGGAAACGAUACUUAUAUGCUUUAUGAGGCUCAAAUAGAAUUCCUAUUCAUCAAACUUAGUAAGGUCUUAAACCAAUUAGAAACCUUAAAACCCCAUCGUAUAAAGAGAGGCCUCGUAGACGGACUCGGUUCAAUAAUUAAGAGCGUUACUGGUAAUUUAGAUAAUUCAGAUGCCGUGAAGUAUGACAAUGCAAUUAAAAUCCUUCAGCAAAAUAGUAACGUUAUUUUUCAUGAAUUUAACAAUCACGUAAGUCUUAGUAAAGAGUGGAUGGUCCAGCAUUCUAAUGUGUUAGAAGAGUUAGUCGAGAAUCAAGUAAAAAUAAAUGAAACGUUACAAUUAAUUUUAGAUAGAAAUAGUUAUAAAGAUUCUAGCCUACUAAAAUAUGCUAAAUUUGCUCAGUACCUUGCUAUUUUAACUGAAAAUAUUGACGAAAUAUUCAGUGAGCUAACUAGAAUUGAAAAUAUCAUAGCUUUUAUUCACGCUUCAACUUUACAUCAUUCCAUGAUUAGUAUAGAUGUUUUAAACCAUAUGAUUCAACGCUUAAUUACUAUCUAUGGUAAGGAGCAUGUGUUGCAAUUAGAACUUAGGGAAUACUAUGACAUAAUUAAACCAGGAUACUAUUACUCUGAUAAUAGGAUAGUCAUAAUUUUUAAUAUACCGCUAUUUACUAAGGAUAGUUACAAUCUCUAUAAAUUAUCCAUGGCCCCCAAUAAGUUUAAGCAGGCCCUCGUCCCUCCUUUUCCUUUAAUAGCAACCAACAGAAAAGGUUAUGUGUAUAUAGAGGCUGAAUGCCCGAAGUUUAAGGACUGGUACCUCUGUGGAGAGACAAUGGACCAUCAGCUACGACAAGUCCCAGACUGUAUCCAGAAUCUUUUAAUAAAUCAAGCCAUCGACAAGACCUGCGACGUUGUUACAAUAACCCUAUCAAGACCAGCUAUGGAAGAAUUAGACGAGAAACAUUAUAUCCUGUCUUUCCCCAAUGCCACGAGGAUACACUACCUAUGUGGCAAAGAAAAUUACAACAUUCUCAGCGGCACCUACUUAGCAACCGUCCCUAUGAGCUGCUCCUUGGACACACCCGACUUUACAAUCACCAAUAUUAACGACGUAGUUGAAGGACAACCGCUGAAAAUAAUGAAGCUGACAACCGACAUUGAGGAACCGCCCAAAGGAAAUUCUCAGAUUCAUCUUAAUUCCAUUGACUUGCGAAGGCUGCAUGACACUAAGCACAGGGUGAUAACGCAGCCAACUCUGGAAAUAAAGCAAGCGUCGCCGGACUACACAGUAUAUCAUACAACGAUUCCGCUUUAUAUCAUUCUAUUAAGCGCACUCGCACUCACCAUGCUGCUACUUAUAAGACGAGGCGAAAUAUUCCGACGCAGAUCUGAAAGAUCACCCCCCAAAGACAAGAUCUAUGCAGUACCCGAGACAUCUGAAAAGACCAAGCAGCAUCCAUCACUAUUUUCUCAGAGAAGCCUUCAAAAAUAA